UUAAAUAAAGUAAUUCUAAAAUUAGAAAAAUAUCGUUUAAAAAAAAAUACAAGUAAAUUAAUCAAUCAUUUUUCUGAUUUAAACAAGUACUUGUUCAUUAAUUUUGUGUUAUCUAUUUUAUUGGUUUUAUAUUAAAUUAAUUUUCAAGAGAAUCGUAUUAAACAAAAAAAAAAAAAAAAAAAAGAAAGUAAUUAUAUUAAUUGCAAAUUAAUUCUUGAGCCAGUUAAAUAAGCGGUUCUAAGACCAUGCCUGAUAUAAAAAUAACACCAUUAGGAGCUGGUCAAGACGUCGGUCGUAGUUGUCUUUUGUUAUCCAUGGGCGGUAAAAACAUUAUGCUUGAUUGUGGAAUGCACAUGGGAUAUAACGAUGAACGUCGCUUUCCGGAUUUUUCAUACAUUGUUCCAGAUGGACCCAUUACAAGUCACAUUGACUGUGUCAUUAUUUCCCAUUUUCAUUUAGAUCAUUGCGGAGCUUUGCCUUAUAUGUCUGAAAUGGUAGGCUAUUCAGGACCGAUUUAUAUGACACAUCCAACAAAGGCUAUAGCACCAAUAUUAUUAGAAGAUAUGCGUAAAGUGGCUGUGGAACGUAAAGGCGAAUCAAAUUUCUUCACCACUCAGAUGAUUAAAGAUUGCAUGAAAAAAGUAACCGCUGUCACUCUUCAUCAAAGUGUUAUGGUGGAUAGCGAGUUGGAAAUCAAGGCUUAUUAUGCGGGCCAUGUUUUAGGUGCAGCUAUGUUUUGGAUACGUGUCGCUUCGCAAUCUGUUGUUUACACUGGCGACUAUAAUAUGACACCUGAUCGCCACUUAGGUUCCGCUUGGAUAGAUAAAUGCCGCCCAGAUCUCUUAAUCUCCGAGAGUACGUAUGCCACCACAAUACGUGAUUCUAAACGUUGUCGUGAACGUGAUUUCUUGAAAAAAGUGCACGAAUGUGUUGCAAAAGGUGGAAAAGUACUUAUACCCGUAUUUGCUUUGGGCCGUGCCCAGGAAUUGUGUAUUCUUUUGGAGACAUAUUGGGACCGCAUGAAUCUUAAAUAUCCUAUAUACUUUGCGUUAGGCCUUACCGAAAAGGCAAAUACGUAUUACAAAAUGUUCAUCACUUGGACGAAUCAGAAAAUACGCAAAACAUUUGUACAUCGCAAUAUGUUUGAUUUUAAGCAUAUUAAACCUUUCGAUAAGGCGUACAUUGAUAGCCCGGGAUCUAUGGUGGUUUUCGCUACACCGGGCAUGUUGCAUGCCGGUUUAUCUUUACAAAUAUUUAAAAAAUGGGCUCCCAAUGAAAAUAAUAUGGUUAUAAUGCCGGGUUAUUGCGUUCAAGGCACUGUGGGUAAUAAAAUUUUGGGUGGAGCUAAAAAAGUGGAAUUCGAAAAUCGACAAGUCGUUGAAGUUAAAAUGUCCGUAGAAUAUAUGAGUUUUUCAGCUCAUGCGGAUGCGAAAGGUAUUAUGCAACUUAUACAAAAUUGUGAACCAAAAAAUGUUAUGCUUGUCCACGGUGAAGCUGAGAAAAUGCAAUUUCUACGCACUAAAAUUCGAGAAGAGUUUAGCAUUGAAACCUAUAUGCCAGCGAACGGUGAAACCUGUAUUAUUUCCACUCCUGUAAAAAUUCCUGUCGACGCUUCAGUGUCCCUACUAAAAGCUGAAACGCGCAUUUAUAACGCCCAACCACCUGAUCCGAAACGUCGACGACUUAUUCAUGGUGUAUUGGUUAUGAAAGACAAUCGUAUUAUGUUACAAAAUCUCAAUGAAGCACUUAAGGAGGUCGGUAUUAAUAGACAUGUAAUGCGUUUCACGUCAAAAGUGAAGAUGGACGAUCCCAGCCCGAAACUGCGUACGGGAGAAACGCUAUUAACUUUGCUGAGAGAAAAGCUAUCUGGCUGGACAGUUACAAUGCAAGAAAAUUGUACAAUUACAGUUGAAACAGUGGAAAUCAAAAUUGAAGAAGAUGAAAAGGACCCGAAGCAUAAGACUUUAUUGAUCACUUGGACCAAUCAAGAUGAGGAUAUUGGAGCAUAUAUCUUAAAUACUUUGCAAAAUAUGUGUUAGUGUAUGUGUUAGUAAAUUCCAAUUUAAU